UUUUCACGGUAGACUGACUACGGUGCUCUAAAUCUCGGAGACAGCGUCGUAUUAAGAAAAGAGAGACCCUUUGUACUGUUACUGUUCAUUUUGGAGGGUUUGGCGCUUGGUGAAGUUAGGUUCAUACUUUCAUGCCUCGCAUCUUUCUGUAGGGAAUGUCAGUUAUUCACAUGGACUUCAAACUUACUCUCCACUUCCGACUACUCUCUGCUCCACUUCUACAUGGAGAGGAGAUCAAUGAUGAACAUCGUUGAGAGCUGUUGUCCUGGAAUUUUGUAACUGCAGUCGCUUCUUCAAAACCUGUGGAGCUCAUCCAAAGCCAAAGCACUAUGUCGUCCCCACUAUGGAGACCAGCAACUCUGUGUUGUCUGCUGUUUGCUUUGGCUUAUAUACAGUGCACAGAAGGGUUUAGCCGGGCAGCUCUGCCAUUCGGCUUAGUCAGGAGGGAGCUGUCAUGCGAGGGUUACCCCAUUGACCUCCGCUGUCCAGGAAGUGAUGUCAUAAUGAUCGAGAGCGCUAAUUACGGUCGAACAGAUGACAAGAUCUGUGACGCUGACCCUUUCCAGAUGGAGAACAUCAACUGCUACCUCCCCGAUGCUUUCAAAAUCAUGUCACAGAGGUGCAAUAAUAGAACACAGUGUAUUGUCAUUACUGGAUCAGAUGUCUUCCCUGACCCCUGUCCUGGAACGUACAAAUACCUUGAGGUCCAGUAUGAGUGUGUUCCCUACAUGGAGCAAAAAGUUUUUGUUUGUCCCGGAACUCUGAAAGCUGUUGGAGACCCUUCAUUUCUCUUUGAAGUGGAACAGCAAGCAGGGGCAUGGUGCAAAGAUCCUCUUCAAGCAGGCGACAAAGUUUACUUCAUGCCAUGGACCCCUUAUCGUACGGAUACGCUCAUCGAGUAUUCUUCGCUUGAUGACUUUCAAAACUCUCGUCAAACCACUACGUACAAGCUCCCUCACCGGGUCGAUGGUACUGGAUUUGUGGUCUAUGACGGAGCUGUGUUUUUCAACAAAGAGAGGACCCGCAACAUCGUAAAGUUCGAUCUGCGGACCAGAAUCAAAAGCGGCGAAGCGAUUAUCAACAAUGCUAACUAUCACGACACAUCGCCCUACAAGUGGGGUGGCAAAACGGACAUCGACCUGGCGGUGGACGAAAACGGUCUUUGGGUGAUCUACGCAACCGAACAGAACAAUGGCAUGAUGGUCAUCAGCCAGUUGAACCCUUACACGCUACGUUUUGAGGCGACAUGGGAAACGACUUACGACAAACGUUCUGCCUCCAACGCGUUUAUGAUUUGUGGAGUACUCUAUGUGGUGAGGUCCACUUACGAGGACAACGAAAGCGAAGUUAGCAAGAGCCUCAUCGAUUACAUCUACAACACCAAGCAGAAUCGCGGAGAGUACGUGGAUAUUCACUUCCCCAACCAGUACCAAUACAUUGCAGCUGUGGAAUACAAUCCCAGGGACAAUCAACUGUACGUGUGGAAUAAUUUUUACAUACUGAGAUAUAAUCUGGCGUUCGGACCGCCUGAUCCUGCACACGCUCCAACCAUCUCACAAGCGACUAUUGCUCCUCAGCCUCUGAAAACAACAACCACUACAACAACAACAGCUCAGCAGAAAGGUUUGGUAACUACCAUAACUACGGCGGGGACGAAAGCUGGCAACAAGCUUCCCAAAUCACCACCCGAAGUACCCGAGACUACAACCCCUCCGUCCCUCGACUCCUUCCCUCCCCCAGAGCGAUUCUGUGAGAGCGUUGAGAGAAGGGACAUACUGUGGCCCCAGACACAGAGGGGCAUGCUAGUGGAGCGGCCCUGUCCCAAGGGAACCCGCGGCACGGCUUCCUAUUUAUGUGUGCUUGCCACCGGAGCUUGGCAUCCAAAAGGGCCGGAUCUAAGCAACUGCACGUCCCACUGGGUCAAUCAAGUGGCCCAGAAGAUCCGGAGUGGGGAGAACGCGGCUAACCUCGCAAAUGAGCUGGCCAAGCAUACCAAAGGGCCCAUCUUCGCCGGCGAUGUCAGUUCCUCGAUGAGACUGAUGGAGCAGCUGGUGGAUAUUUUGGACGCUCAGCUGCAGGAGCUCAGACCCAGCGAGAAAGACUCUGCCGGCCGUAGUUUUAACAAGCUUCAGAAGCGAGAGAGGACUUGCAGGGCAUAUAUGAAGGCUAUCGUAGACACUGUCGACAACCUUUUGAGACCAGAGGCAUUGAAAUCCUGGCAAGAUAUGAACAUUACAGAGCAAACACAUGCGGCCACUAUGCUACUUGAUACCCUGGAGGAAGGAGCCUUUGUCCUUGCCGACAACUUAAUGGAGCCUGCAAUUGUCAAAGUCCCAGCAAAUAACAUUAUCCUGGAUGUUUAUGUGCUGAGUACAGAUGGUCAGGUGCAAGAUUUCAAAUUUCCACAGAGCAGCAAGGGCGGCAUUUCUAUCCAGCUGUCGGCUAAUACUGUCAAACUCAACAGUCGUAACGGUGUUGCUAAGCUGGUGUUUGCGCUUUAUAAGAACCUUGGCCAGUUCCUGAGCACGGAGAAUGCCACCAUCAAACUGGAGAACGAGGCAAACGGACGUAACCUGUCGGUGGCUGUGAAUUCAGACGUCAUUUCCGCCUCAAUCAACAAAGAGUCUAGUCGCGUAUUCAUAACCGAGCCGGUUAUUUUCACCCUGGAACACAUCGAUAUGCAGCACUACUUUAAUUCCAAUUGUUCUUUUUGGAACUACUCGGAGAGGAGCAUGAUGGGAUACUGGUCUACUCAGGGCUGUAAACUCCUCGAGUUCAAUAAAACUCAUACCACCUGUUCCUGUAGCCACCUGACCAACUUCGCUGUGCUUAUGGCUCAUCGAGAAAUAUUGGGCCAAGAUGGCGUCCACGAGCUGAUCUUAACGGUUAUCACCCGCGUUGGCAUCGUUGUCUCGCUGGUCUGCCUCGCUCUCAGCAUCUUUACCUUCUGUUUUUUCCGCGGUCUACAGAGCGACCGAAACACCAUCCACAAGAACCUGUGCAUAAGCCUCCUGAUUGCCGAGUUCAUUUUUCUAAUUGGUAUCGAUAUGACAGAACCCAGGAUUGGCUGUGCCAUUGUAGCUGGAAUUUUGCAUUACUUUUUCCUGGCUGCGUUUGCUUGGAUGUGUUUAGAAGGGGUUCAGCUCUAUCUAAUGUUGGUGGAGGUUUUUGAGAGCGAAUACUCACGGAAGAAGUACUAUUAUGUUUCUGGCUACCUUCUUCCCGCCAUUGUGGUUGGCGUCUCCGCUGCUGUGGAUUACAGGAGCUACGGGACAAAGAAGGCGUGUUGGUUAAGGGUGGACAAUCAUUUCAUUUGGAGCUUCAUAGGACCUGUUACCUUCAUCAUUAUGCUAAACCUCAUCUUCCUGAUUAUCACUAUGUAUAAAAUGGUGAAGCAUUCUACUUCACUGAAACCUGACUCCAGCAGAUUGGAAAAUAUCAAAUCCUGGGUCUUGGGAGCGUUCGCCCUUCUCUGCCUGCUGGGCUUGACGUGGUCUUUCGGUCUGUUCUUCAUCAGGGAUUCUUCAGUGGUGAUGGCUUAUCUCUUCACCAUCUUCAAUGCCUUCCAAGGGAUGUUUAUAUUCAUAUUCUACUGCCUCCUACAGAAGAAAGUACGAAGAGAGUACAGCAAAUGCUUCCGUCAUACGUACUGCUGCGGAGGAUUGCCAACAGAAAGCUCUCACAGCUCAACAAAGACGGCAACCACAAGGACAAGCGCUCGAUAUUCCUCAGGCACCCAGAGCCGAAUUAGGAGAAUGUGGAAUGACACUGUACGAAAGCAGUCUGAAUCCUCUUUUAUCUCAGGUGACAUCAACAGCACAUCUACCCUUAACCAAGGUAUGACGGGCAAUUACCUACUAACAAACCCUCUUCUUCGACCACAAGGCACUAACAACCCAUAUAAUACCUUACUGGCUGAAACAGUCGUAUGUAACACUCCUACAGCUCCAGUGUUUAACUCACCAGUGACCUACAGAGAGACAAGACACUCAAUGAACAAUGCCAGGGACACAUGUGCAAUGGAUACUCUACCGCUAAAUGGUAACUUCAACAAUAGCUACUCGCUUCGAAACGGGGACUAUGGAGACAGUGUGCAGGUGGUUGACUGUGGACUAAGCUUGGACGAUGCCGCCUUUGAGAAAAUGAUCAUCUCGGAGCUGGUGCACAGCAACCUCAGGGCUUGUAACAGAGACCACAACAUGGAGCAAAUCACUACCAAAGGAGCCGUCGGCGGCGGCGGCGGCGGCGGCGGCAGCAGCAGCGAAGACGACGCCAUCGUGGCCGACGCCUCGUCUUUGGUGCACGGAGACGGCGCGGCCCUGGAGCUUCACCACCGAGAACUGGAAGCUCCGCUCAUUCCCCAGCGGACUCAUUCGCUCCUGUACCCUCCUCCGCAGGAGAGAGUGAAGACCGGAGGAACUCCUAGCUACGUCUCGCAGCUAACGCCCGAGGCGGAGGACCACCUGCAGUCCCCGAACCGAGACUCUUUGUACACUAGUAUGCCAAAUUUGAGGGACUCGCCUUGCCCCGAGAGCAGCCCAGACGUGGAAAAGGAUCUCUCUCCCUCGAAAGAGAGCGAAAACGAAGAUGUUUAUUACAAAAGCAUGCCGAACUUGGGAGCUGGCCAUCAGCUUCAAGCUUACUAUCAGAUAAACAAAGGCACCAGUGACGGUUACAUAAUCCCCAUUGCUCAAGAGGGUUGUAUUCCUGAGGGGGGUGUAAGGGAGGGUCAAAUGCAGCUGGUGACUAGUCUUUAAAAAAAAAAAAAAAAAAAUCUGUUUUAACAAUCAAGCAGCUCCUUUACCUGGAGGCUACAUGUAAUUACGGACAUCAGGAAAGCCGUCUGACCGAAACUCGAAUUUCACUAUUCCGAUUUCUUUUCCUUUCACACCCUCCUCCGCUGUCAUCUUCUCACGAUGAACAGACUGGAACACGUUUUUUGGGAUCGUAACGUUGGCGGAACCCUGACUGUAAAUACGAUGGGGG